UAGGGCAGGCUGCUUGUGCCCCUCUCCUCCUCCAGACGGGCUGUGGCAGGCGGGAAUUCAGCUGGUCGAGCGUGGUCCUCCUCAGCUGGGCGGCGGAGUGAUGGGAGCAGCCGCAUCUGCCACCCGGCUGCGCGUAGCGUUUGGGGUUGUUUUAUGAUUCCGUUGCAUUUCUAUUCACACUGCAUUAUGGUUAUGCCCCUUAUUCUUUCCUUUGGCAAGAAGCUCGCAAAGUUCUCCUCUCCGUGGUAUCCUCACAACAGCCUUGCGAGGACUGUUCAGCCUAGAAGCACCAUGUCACGAAGAUAUGAUUCCCGAACUACAAUCUUCUCUCCAGAAGGUCGCCUGUAUCAGGUUGAGUAUGCUAUGGAAGCCAUUGGGCAUGCUGGGACCUGCCUGGGGAUUCUGGCAAAUGAUGGAGUAUUGCUGGCAGCAGAAAGGCGCAACAUCCACAAACUUCUGGAUGAAGUCUUUUUUUCAGAGAAAAUAUAUAAACUCAAUGAGGAUAUGGCUUGCAGUGUGGCCGGCAUAACUUCAGACGCCAAUGUGCUGACGAACGAACUGCGGCUGAUCGCACAAAGGUAUCUGCUACAGUACCAGGAGCCAAUUCCUUGUGAACAGUUGGUGACAGCCCUGUGCGAUAUCAAGCAAGCUUACACACAGUUUGGAGGAAAACGUCCUUUUGGUGUUUCAUUGCUGUACAUCGGCUGGGAUAAGCAUUAUGGAUUCCAGCUGUAUCAGAGCGAUCCUAGCGGAAACUAUGGAGGAUGGAAAGCUACGUGCAUUGGAAACAAUAGCGCUGCAGCGGUGUCGAUGUUAAAGCAGGACUACAAAGAAGGAGAGAUGACCUUGAAAUCUGCGCUUGCCCUCGCUAUCAAAGUCCUGAACAAAACCAUGGAUGUUAGCAAACUCUCAGCAGAGAAAGUUGAGAUUGCAACUCUGACAAGGGAAAAUGGAAAGACAGUAAUAAGAGUAUUAAAGCAAAAAGAAGUGGAAGAGUUGAUAAAGAAGCAUGAAGAGGAAGAAGCCAAAGCAGAGCGUGAAAAGAAAGAAAAAGAGCAAAAGGAAAAAGAAAAAUAAAUCUAGCAUCUUGAAGAUGGGGGAGGAGCCAUCGUAAUAAAUUGAGGCAGGCCAUGUUGACAGUGAGACAGAUCCAGGGAUGCUUUUUGCUGGAGCAGUCCCUUGUUCCGAUGAAACACAUUGCCUUUCCUCAGUGAAUUAUGAUUUCUUGGUUCUUUUCUUCUUUAUUUCUUUUUUAUCACAUAAUAAAAGUUUUUAAAUGGUA